UUCUUUGUCCCCUUUCUUCCUCAAGUAAGGUACUUACUUAGGUAUCUCUCUAUAGUAGGUAGUUGCGGGUGUAUUCGAUCUGCGAUAUCGUUCGUCAUUGCAGUACGACCGAGACAUCGUACCCAUCAAUGUCGCAUAAACAAUCCAACACCUAGUUACCUGUUCAUUCUUACAGACACACAACUUCGCAUACAGUUUCGGUCCAGAUACCACACAGCUUCUUCAUCGCCAUAUCGCACCAAGUCUCUGAAUAGACUACCGCUGAAGCUUGUACUGUACUAUUGCCACAAAUGCCGACCUUUGCAGGCGUGCCAAGAGGACUCGGUCGUCGGUUCUGGCUACCAGGCGUUGCCACUACAUCUGCAGCUGUUCUCAUCUAUAGCUACCUUCCCCGUGAUUUCACUGGCCAUACAUCACCCGCAGUUCCGCCUCCAACCUUUGGUGCCGAUGGCACUUUCAAGCUUCCUCGGUUUCCUCGCGUCAGAACACGCGAAGAGCAGCUAGACCAACUCCGAGGGAGCUCACGGCCUCAAGUCCAGCAAUAUGACAUACUUGUCAUUGGUGGUGGUGCCACUGGUGCAGGUGUCGCCCUUGACGCUACUAAUCGUGGCCUCAAAGUAGCUAUCGUCGAACGUGACGAUUUCAGCAGCGGCACGAGCAGCAAAAGUACCAAGCUGGUUCAUGGAGGUGUCCGUUAUCUCGAGAAAGCCGUCUGGAACUUGGAUUAUAACCAGUACUUGCUCGUCAAGGAGGCUCUGAAGGAGCGCAAGUACUUCCUACAGACGGCUCCCCAUCUGAGUUCCUGGCUCCCCAUUAUGCUGCCCCUCGAUAAGUGGUGCAAAGCUCCCUAUUACUGGGCCGGCACUAAGUUCUAUGACUUUGUCUCUGGCAGUGAAGGCAUUGAGGGGUCUUACUUUCUGACUCGAAGUAAGGCACUUGAGGCCUUCCCUAUGCUUAAGCCCACGGAUCUUGUCGGUUCUCUCGUGUACUACGACGGUGCACAUAACGAUUCGUGCAUGAAUGUUUCUAUUGAAAUGACCGCUGCCCUCUAUGGUGCAACUGUUGUCAAUCAUGCUGGGGUCACAAGACUUAUAAAGGAUGGUGACGGAAACCUUUGCGGCGCAAUAGUCAAGGACCUUGUUUCCGUAAAGGAUGGUCAAUCAGCCAAGCCCAUCACUGUUGACGCAAAGAGUGUCAUCAACUGUACGGGGCCUUUUACUUACUCUGUCCGAAAAAUGGACGAUCCAGGCUGCAAGGAAAUUGUGGCCCCAGGAUCUGGAGUUCACGUUGUUCUCCCUGGUUAUUUCAGUCCAGGAAAAAUGGGAUUGAUCGAUCCGUCAACGUCUGACGGCCGGGCCAUCUUCUUCCUCCCAUGGCAAGGCCACACUAUCGCGGGCACCACCGAUUCCCCUUCGACUAUCUCACAAAAUCCUCUACCCGACGAGAAGUCUAUCGAGUGGAUCCUGAGCGAAGUCAGCCACUAUCUGUCCCCAGAGAUAGAUGUUCGCAGAGGCGGGAAAUGGGCAACCUAUAGGCAAAUAGCAGAGGAGUGCGUAGACUUGGCCAUUCAAGAAUUUCGUCUCGAGCCCCAGCCUGUUACAGAUGCACCUCGCGUCAGCGGUACCGAUCUAGUUGACGAUGGGGCAAUAUUGGAUGGCAAAUGUCAGACGCACAAGGUUCGUUUAGUUGGUGCUCACGGCUUUAGCCCAACACUAUUCAUCCCUAUUAUUCAGCACUUUGGGGUUGAGACUGAGGUCGCCAAACAUUCGACCGAAUCCUAUGGUGAUCGUGCCUGGACUGUUGCCUCACUUUGCAAGCUGACUGACAAGUGCUUUCCCGCCCGCCGUGAACGCAUCUCUCAGCUCUAUCCAUUUGUUGAUGGCGAGAUUCGAUAUGCUAUUCGACACGAGUACGCCCAGACGGCCGUUGAUGUUCUCGCUCAACGCGAGCGACUGGCCUUUCUCAAUGCGCAGACAGCCCUCGAAGCCCUCCCCUAGGUAAUAGACAUCAUAGUUGAAGAGCUCAAGUGGAGCCGUCAACGAAAGGACCUUGAAUGGAAAGAAUGUGCGUACCUCUGACUAAUGUCCCAUCCCAU